AUACUUGAAAUCUUGUUUUCCUUCAACAACAUAACAUAGAUUCCUAACUUUUUUGCAUGGCUGACGCACAAACCGUGCAGGCCAAGAAAGGGGAAAAAAAAACAUAACAUAGAGGUGUUUAAUAUCAAUUAUCGAAUAAAAUAACAAUCUUACUUUGGUAUAAGAUAUAUUUGUUAUUGUUUGGAAAUGGCGGUCUGUGUUGCUGUGAUUGGAAAAGAUAACGCUCCCUUGUACAUUGGUGGAAUUGGUAUUGACACAAGCACCGAUAAUGAAUUAUCUAGACAAUGGCUAGUUCAUACAGCUCUUGAUGCGUUAGAAGAGAGACUAGUGUCUAGUAAUACUACUACAGCCAACACAGCAACAAAUGCAGCUCGUACUGAUUUAAGAGAUUUAUAUUUGGGCUUGUUAUAUUCAACUGAUACUCAUAAAAUUUAUGGUUAUGUUACUAAUACACGUAUUAAAUUGGUAUUGGUGACUAGCUCCACAUCACCAAGUGGCAGUAACAUAAGAGAUGCAGAAGUAAGAACUGCACUGAGGAGACUACAUGCACUUUAUGCUGAUGCUAUUUGUAAUCCAUUCCACUUACCUGGUGAUCAAAUUACUUCCACAAAGUUCGACAAGCAAGUGAAAAAUUUGAUGCUUAAUAAUGUUUAGAGUUUAGUGUUAUAGAAAUCAAUAAAUAUUACCCAAGUAUCACACCUAUUCAUUAAGUACUUUUUACAUAGUUUUAAGUUUUUAAUAAUGUUU